AGUGCGCAUGAUCAGCUGUCUUUGGAGAUACCCCAAUCCGGAGAGGGAGAACACGGUUGGGGGAGAUCGGCGGCUGAAGCUGCCUCGGCCGGACUUAGCACUCAGGCCUGUGAGGCAGGAGAUUCGAAGACUUCCAAAGAAGGACCAAUUCCUCGGAUGUGCCCCCUCACAGAGAGAUGAAGGGGCAGCAGAAAACAGCUGAAACGGAAGAGGGGACAGUGCAGAUUCAGGAAGGCGCAGUGGCAACUGGGGAGGACCCAACCAGUGUGGCUAUCGCCAGCAUCCAGUCAGCUGCCACUUUCCCUGACCCCAACGUCAAGUACGUCUUCCGAACUGAAAAUGGGGGCCAGGUGAUGUACAGGGUGAUCCAGGUGUCUGAGGGGCAGCUGGAUGGCCAGACUGAGGGGACUGGCGCCAUCAGUGGCUACCCUGCCACUCAAUCCAUGACCCAGGCUGUGAUCCAGGGUGCGUUCACGAGUGAUGAUGCAGUUGACACAGAGGGGACAGCUGCUGAGACGCACUAUACUUACUUCCCCAGCACUGCAGUGGGAGAUGGGGCAGGGGGUACCACAUCGGGGAGUACAGCAGCUGUUGUUACCACCCAGGGCUCAGAGGCACUACUGGGGCAGGCGACCCCUCCUGGCACUGGUCAGUUCUUUGUGAUGAUGUCACCACAAGAAGUGUUGCAAGGAGGAAGCCAGCGCUCUAUUGCCCCCAGGACCCACCCUUAUUCCCCGAAGUCAGAAGCUCCCCGGACAACUCGGGAUGAGAAACGCAGGGCUCAGCAUAAUGAAGUGGAGCGCCGCCGCCGAGACAAGAUUAACAACUGGAUUGUACAGCUGUCCAAGAUCAUCCCAGACUGCUCCAUGGAGAGCACCAAGUCUGGCCAGAGUAAAGGUGGAAUUCUAUCCAAAGCCUGUGAUUAUAUCCAGGAACUUCGGCAGAGUAACCACAGGUUGUCUGAAGAACUGCAGGGGCUUGACCAGCUACAGCUGGACAAUGAUGUGCUUCGACAGCAGGUGGAAGAUCUUAAAAACAAGAAUCUGCUACUACGAGCUCAGUUGAGGCACCAUGGAGUAGAGGUCGUCAUCAAGAGUGAUAGCAACUAAUUCUGGGGAUUCAGAGGCUUUGGGCCCUACAGCCCCUUUCAGAGAACUGCAGAUAGCCCAGGAGCAACAGGCUAACCCCGUGCCCUUUCCUUCACUGCCCACUUCUGGCAUGGGACUGGGGGGAGUUCAGAAGGCGUGUCUGAGUUCAGAAGGCGUGAACUGAGGCCCUGUGAUAUAGCAGCCUGCAGUGGUGUGAAACACACACGUGGAUGUGUACUGACCUCCUCGCCCAACCCCACCGUGCAGCCCCUGGGCCCUUGUGCUCCUCUUGCACAGUGCAUGUGCUGUCUCCAUGCUGGACACUGGACACACUGAACUGGGGGGCUUGCCCUGUGCUUGCUUAGAGUGCCAGCAGAGGGUCUGCUGACAAGCAAAGCUCUGGCUUGCCCCAGGACACUGGCGCUUCCACUGGUUCUUCCUUUCCCUGGAGCUCAGAUGUGCACCUGAGGACUCUGGGGAACAGGCUUCAGCAAGAAGUGGGGAUAGGAUACUUAGCAGUGGCUGCUGCCCCAGGAAGAGGAGAUUGGCCGGCAAGCAGCUAAGGCCUAUGCAGAAGUCUCUGGAGCCACAGGGAGAACAACAGGCAGGGCCCACUGGGGGCCUUACCCCCCUCGUGGGGACGGUUU